AUGCGCUUCCGUUCAGAUCGCCGAGAUCCUCUUCAGCGCCCCAGCAAGCAAGCUUCGACAGAUCCUGAUGCCAUUCAAGCACUCAAGUAUCAGGAUCGAGCCAGCAUCACCAGCAAUGAUCACGAAAAAACCAAGGACGACUCUGGUACCACUAGCGCGUCCGUAUCGUCAACGCCACCCGAUUCUCUCAACAGCGUCAAGAUCCAAGUUGGUUCACACUCUUCAAACAGCAAGCAAACUGUUCCCAAGAUCUCAUUCUUUGAUAUCUUCCGCUAUGCGUCUCGUAGACAGCUUCUUCUCAACAUCUUUGGAGCAUCCAUGGCGAUAGCAGCCGGUGCAUCACAGCCUCUGAUGAACAUCUUCAUCGGAAAGAUUGCCACCGUCUUCCUCCAUUUCACCGCCGCCAUUCAGUCAGGCGAUGUGGACGCCAUUCUACGCGCCCAGGCAGAUGUAUAUCGAACCAUCAACUCGGAUGCGCUCAUCCUCCUCUACCUCGGCAUCGGUAUGUUCUUCGCCAGCAUGCUCUACAUGGCUGUCUUUUCCUACACCAGCGAACGCAUCGCCUCCAACAUCAAGUACGCCUACCUCUCCGCCCUCUUCAACAAGUCCAUCCACUUUUUCGAACAGUACGGUCAAGGCACCGUCGCCGCAAAGAUCGGCUCCGACGUUCACCUCAUCCAGAUCGGCAUCGGCGAGAAGCUACCUAUGGCCAUCAUGUACUUUUCCACCUUUCUCUCGGCUGGUGCCGUCGCCUUUUCCUUUUCCUGGAAGCUUACGCUUGUCCUUUUCCCCAUCGCUCCCAUGAUUUUACUCGUCGGCGGCGUCAUGGGUGCACUCACCAAGAAGUGCAAGAUCGUCGAGCUCGAUUGCAUCGCAAGGGCUGCUUCCCGCGCAGAGGAGGCUUUCAACGCCAUCAAGAUCCUCAAGGCCUUUUCCAAAGAAAGAGCGAUCGGCCAAGAGUACGAUACGCUCACCGUCGACACCACCGCAGCAGGCGCCAAAGCCGGUCGCGUGCAGGGUCUCGGCGUCGGUGCGCUUCUGUUCAUCAUCUACUCUGGCUAUGCGCUCGCCUUCUUCUACGGCGCUCAGCUCAUUGCGCGCGGCGAGCUACUGCCCGGUCGCAUCGUGAGUGUAGUCUUUGCCGUCUUCGCUGGCGCCUUUGCCAUCGCCAACCUCUUUUCCAUGAUCGAGAACUUCACCAUGGCCACUGCCGCCGCCUCGUCGGUGCUCGGCACCAUCAAACAAGAUUCGCUCGCACCUCAGCCUGCCACCAUCACCUCUCCUGACGGCGACGAAAAGUCACAGUCGCCAUCGCAGCUCAGGACCGGAUAUCAUGCUGAACUCAGACUCGACAAUCUCAGCUUUUCAUACCCUUCCAAAGCCGACAGGAUCGUGCUCAACAAUUUGUCCCUCACCUUCCGUAGUGGUGUCGCGACAGCCAUUGUUGGUCUCUCUGGCUCCGGAAAAAGCACCAUCUUUGCUCUGCUGCAACGGUUCUACGAGCCCACCGCAGGAGCCAUACGUAUCGAUGGUGUCGACGUCUCCAAGCUGGACGUCGACUGGCUGCGCGGUCAGAUCGGCGUUGUGGAGCAACAGCCUACGCUCUUUGCCAUGUCGAUUCACGACAACAUCGAGCUCGGCCUUCCCGAUCGACACAGUCGCUCCGCCGACGAGCUGCAAUUGCUGGUGGUGCAAGCAGCCAAAAAGGCAAACGCGCACGACUUUAUCACGGCUCUCACGCACGGCUACCAGACCCAAGUCGGUUCUCAGGGCUUCCUCCUCUCUGGCGGUCAAAAGCAGAGAAUCGCCAUUGCACGUGCUCUCAUUCGCGAUCCAAAGAUCCUCUUGCUCGACGAAGCAACCAGUGCCCUCGACUCUAACAGCGAGGCGGUUGUGCAAGCUGCACUUGAGGAAGCUGCCAAGGACCGCACAACCAUCAUCAUCUCUCAUCGACUCAGCACCGUCCGCAACGCAGAGCACAUUAUCGUCCUUGGUCAAGACGGCGUUAUCGAGCAAGGCAGUCACAAUGACCUCAGCCAACGACCUCACGGCGCUUUUGCCUCCAUGCUGCGUCACCAAGAUGUCGACAAGAGCUCCGAGGUGACGGCUUCAGGGCAUGCUAACCUAGGCUCAAGUGCCUUCCUCCGCCCUCCUGAGGCACAAGCGAGCGACAUUUCUCACUCUCUCGAGCUGGCUCGAAGUAUCUCUACCCGCGCUGGUAGCAUGAUUCGAGGAGCGUCGCCCCCAACUCCAUCGGAAGAUGCGAAAGCGAAGGCCACCGACCAGUCGAACGCGGGAGGGCUCAGAGCACUGUUGCAUCUUCUCGUCAAAGACGCAGAGACCGGCAGACUCGCCGCCAUUUACGUCGUCGGCUCCAUAUGUGCAGCCGUCAUUGGAGCGGUUUAUCCAAUCUACGCCAUUCUCUUCGGCACUGCGAUUCAAGACUACGCGCCGUGCAACGAUACCGAUGGAGGCCAGUGUCCUGAACCAGCGCGCGGAGUCAUGCUGCACAACAACCGGAUCAGCUCUGGCUCCUUCUUUAUCGUCGCUGUAGGCUGUGCGGUCGUGAGCUUCUACCACGUACGCUCGCUCUAUAUUGCUGGAUCGCGCGUGACGCAUCGACUGCGCGUCUUGGUAUUCCAGAGUCUUCUGUGCCUCGAUGCCAGCUUCUUCGACGACCCGACCAACACGAGCAAUGACCUGGCAAGCAGCCUCAGUGUCCUUUCGCAAGGCAUCUACGGCGGUGUCGGUCCUACGUUGGGCUCUAUUAUUCAAAGCCUCGCCACCGUCGUUGUGGGUUACUCUGUGGCCAUCGGCUACGGCUGGCGUCUGGCUUUGGUCGUGAUCGCGUCUACGCCUCUGACCAUCACUGCCGGUCUGCUGCGACUACGCGUGCUCGCACUCAAAGAACGCAAGACGAAGCAGGCGCACAACUACACGACACAGCAGGCCUGCGAAUCGAUCGGGGCCAUCCGUACCGUCUCUGCGUUCAACCUCCAGCCUCAGACGCUCGAUACGUAUCAGACGAAUCUGGCGUAUGCCUCGCGAUCUCUGCUUCCUACCAUGUGCUACAGCAGCGUCCUCUUCGGCUUCUCGCAAUGCGUUCAGCUGCUCGUCACUGCGCUCGCAUUCUGGUACGGCGGUCGUGAGCUCGCUGAGGGCCGCACCACUUCCAAGGGCUUCUUCACCAUCCUCAUCUCGGUCGUAUAUGGCAGUAUUCAGGCCGGGAACAUUUUCAACUACAGCGCCGACUUUUCCAGCGCACACUCUGCCGCUUGCAAGUCGUUGUCAAUCAUCAGACAGGCGCAGGCGGUGACAGCUCAGGAGCUCAAGUACAGCCACGCAGCUGCAUUCAGCAACGAUGUACCAUCCGGGCGGGUGGCUCUGGACAAGGUCACCUUCCGCUAUCCGCAGCGUCCGGAUUGCACCGUCCUUGAUGGACUUUCACUGACCAUCGAGGCGGGCACCUUCUGCGCCAUUGUGGGGAGCAGUGGAUCAGGCAAGUCGACAGUAUUGCAGCUCAUCGAACGGUUCUACGAGGCUGAGAAAGGACGUGUGCUUCUAGACGGUCGCUCGAUCGCAGAAGGUGACUCUAGCAGGCAUCGCAAACACAUGUCGUAUGUACCGCAGGAGCCGACCCUCUUCCAAGGUACGAUCGGCUGGAACAUCGCUCUAGGUGCGACGGACACAGAUCCCAAGGACGUGCCUCUCGCCAAGAUUCAACAGGCAGCUGAGCUUGCGCAGCUCGGCGAUCUUCUGGCGAGUCUGCCCGAGGGACUCGACACGCAGCUCAGUGCUCGAGGUGUACAAAUGUCGGGAGGUCAAAAGCAAAGAAUCGCCAUCGCUCGGGCCAUCAUCCGGGAUCCAAAGGUGUUGUUGCUGGACGAGGCUACCUCGGCGCUCGACCCUGCUAGCGAGAGGGCGGUGCAGAGCGCACUCGACAGUGUCAGUCAAGGUCGCACUACCAUCGCUGUGGCGCACAGACUGUCGACGAUCGCCAAGGCGGACAAGGUGAUUGUGAUGCAGGCAGGAAAGGUGGUGGAACAAGGAUCGCCGAGGGAGCUGUUCGAGAGGGAUGGCCAUUUUGCGCACAUGUCGAGGUUGCAAGGUGUUUCGUUUUGA